GAUCCUCAAAUCGAACGAUACUUGAACAGCAGCUUACCUCGUACAAGUCGCAAAGAAAAAGAUUAUGACAUUUCAAGACGUAAACCAUCCUACCCGACAUUUUGUAAGAAAAAUCGUAAAUUAAACAUUAAACCUGCUCACUCAUUAAAAUCCAUAACAAAAGCACUGCAUGGAAUUUUCAAGUAGACAGGAUUAUUAUUUUCUCUAAUAUGUUGCCGCCAAAAAUAAUUAAUAAACGAAGGCACGUAUAAACAAUGUUUAUAUAAAUUUCGGACUUCCUAAAGUGUGGGAAUAUUUGAAGACAUUCGACGUGAUCGGACUCACGAAAACAUGGAUAGAGGAAGACAAUUGGGAAAAACUAAAAUAUAGACUACCCGAAGAAUUCGACUGGAAAUGCAGAGUAGCAAUGAGAGUAAGGAAAAAAGGAAGAGUAAAGGGGGAAUAAUAACGGGUAUAAAUAAGGAACUGAGAGAAAUAGAAUACAAAGAAAUAAGUGAUCAUAUAGUGGAAAGAAAAAUAGUAUACAAUGAUAAGACGUAUAGAGUAAUGGUGGUUUAUAAUCAAGGCACAAAAGGGACAUGGAAAGAAAUAGCGGAAAGAGUAGACGAAAGAGAAGAGGAAGUGAUAAUCAUCGGUGGAGGCUGGAAUGCAAGAACGGGAAAAGAGGGAGGGCCGAUAAACGAGGAUCUAGGGAAAGAAAAAAACAGGCGAUCAAAAGACAAGACAACAAACAUGGAAGGAAGAACUCUGCUAAAGUACCUGGAAGAGGAGUGGACAUAUAUUGGGGAGAGAGGAAACUCAGUAAUAGAUUAUAUGAUUCGCAAUCAGGAGGCGACAGAAGAAAUAAUUGACAUGAAAGUAGGAAAAAGAACAGAGUCGGACCACAUGCCGUUAGAAAUAGAAAUGGGAGGGGGGCAGAAUUACGAAAAAAUGAAGAAAAGAAAGAAGAAGAGAAGGAGAAAAGGGAAUGGACAACGAAAGUGUAGAAAAAUAUCUGGAGGAAUGUAAAGACUGGAUCUGCAAGGGAAGAACAGUAGAGGAAAUGUGGACUGAAAUCAAAAAGAAGAUAAACGAAGCAAUGCCAAAGAAGAAAGUGAAGAUAAGGAAAUGGGGCAUGGGAGAGAAAGUUUAUGAAAGGAAAAUGCAGCAGAGAAGCGUUCAUAGAGGGAAAAUGGCAUUCAAACAGUGGUGCAAACAAAGAAAGGAAAGACACGAAGAAGAAGAAAUGGAGAAAAUAAAGAAGAUCGAAACAGAACAAGAAGCGUGGAAAUAUAUAAAUAAAUAUAGAAGAAGAAGAGAAGAUGAGGAUAUAAGCGAAGAAGAGUGGAAAAAUCACUUUAUGGAAAUUUUAGAAGGAACAGAGCACAAAGAGGGCAGAAAAAUGGGGGAGGGGGCAUAGAGAGGAAGAGAAAAUGAUGGAGGAGAGAGAAGAUAAUAUAGAGAAGGAAGAGAUGAUCUACCAGUUAAGAAACUUAAAGGAAAAGAAAGCAAUGAGGGAAGACGGUUUAGAAAAUGAGAUAUAGAAGUAUGCACCAAAGGAAGUGGGGGGGGCGUUAUGAGAGUUGUUAAGGAAAAUAUGGAACGGGGAGGGGAACUAGAAGAUUGGAAAAAAGGAGUAAUAUGUCUGAUAUAUAAGAGAGGGGACAAGAGAGUAGUGAAGAGUUACAGAGGAGUAACAUUAAUGGAUACAGCAUACAAGAUCUAUGCAGGGAUACUGGACGAACGACUGAAGGCAGAAAUUGAAAACAAACUGGAAGAGAGCCAAUUUGGAUUCAGAAAAGGAAGAGGAGUGACCGAUGCGGUAUUUGUAAUAAACCAUAUCAUAGACAAACAGUUGAGUAAAGAAAAAGGGAAAUUAUGUGCCUGCUUUGCGGACUUAAGAGCGGCGUUCGACAAGCUAAACAGAGAGAAACUAGAGGAGAAAAUGAAGAAAAUAGAGAUUAGCGAAAAACUAACCCGAAGGAUUAAAGAGAAAUACGCAGAAACAAAGAAUGUAGUGAGAGUCAGGAACCACAACACAAGAGAAUUUUGGACAGUGAGGGGAGUCAGACAAGGGUGCCCGUUGAGCCCGACGUUAUUCAACAUCUACGUGGCAGGACUGGAAGAAGAACUAAGGAAAGGACAAGCUUGGGGCAUAGUGGUAGGAGUAAGAAAGGUAUGGUCACUAACAUAUGCAGACGAUAUUGUGCUGGUGGCGGAUAGAGAAGAGGAGCUAAAAGAAAUAUUAAAGAGAUUCAAAAAAUUUUUAAAGGAAGCCGAAUUAGAAGUGAGCACGGAAAAGACCAAAAUAGUAAGACCAAAAGAAGGAACAAAAGAAGACAAAGAAAAUGGAAAUGGGGAGAGUAAGAAUUAGAAGAAGUGGACGAGAUAAGAUACCUAGGGUACAUACUAUAGAAAAACGGCAGUGAUGAGAAACACAUACAAGAGAGGAAAAAGAGAGCAACAAUAGCAAUGAAGGAAACAUGGAACGUGGAAAAAGAAUAUUCAAACAGGACUACAAGAGGAGAAUAAAGAUGUUUGGAGCACUCGUAGAGAGCGUGGCGCUGUUUGGAGCAGAGGUAUGGGACUGGAACAUGGAAGAAAGACUGGAUAGAAUACAAAGAAGAUAU